CGGGCGGCCGCCGCGCCAGGCCACGCGCCGGGGGGCCCUGCACCGGGGCGAACAGGGCACGACAUGGGCUCUGGCGCGCCGGCGGGGCAGCAGCAGCAGGGGCAGCAGCCUCAGCAGCCGCAGCCGCAGCCGCAGAUGCAGCAGGCGAUGCAGCCGCCCCAGCAGCAGUCGCAGCCGCAGCAGCAGAUGUGGAUGCCGCAGCAGUUCCCGCACAUGUCGAGCCUGCCGCAGCAGGCGAUGCAGAUGCAGGGCGGCGUGCAGCUGCAGCAGCAGGCCGCCGCCCAGCCGCCGCAGGUGCCGCCACAAGCGCAGCAGAUGCCUCCGCAGCAG